CGGACCGCACCACCGGCAACCAACACCCGCUUCGCCUCUCUGCUGCCCCCUGGUGGAGGGCACAGCAUCCUAUUUCCUACCAACCUCUAUGGAUCCCGAAGCAACCGGCGCGACCGGAUCGGACCGGACUGCGGAGCUGCUCUGUAGUCAGAGGAAGGCGCAUUGUCAUCAGCGGGAACCCAGAACCGAACCGGAUAUUCCCCUGGGAAUCCGCUUCCUGAACUGGAACGUUGUGGAUGAGACUGAAAAACGGAUCUGACCCGUUUUAACUCCUCAGAACCGGUUCUAUUGACCAGAAACUCAGCGAUGCAUCCAGGGUUCUGCUUUCCAACCAGCUGGGAUUCACUCCAAAGUCCAGUCGGUUCAAAUGUCCCGAUCAGGCUAGACGGGUCAGAAUGGAUCAGAACCACCUGGGAUGAGAGGCAGAACGAUUCAGAGGCAAAAUGAUAGAAAAUGUAAAAUAUCAGAGUUUUGAUUGGUUUAAUACCCGCCAGAACCAGGUCAGAACCAGGUCAGAACCAGGCCAGAACCAGGCCAGAACCCGACCGGAACCAGGCCAGAACCAGGACAGAACAUGACCAGAAUUCAACCAGAACCAGUCCAGAACCCAGGAAGAACUCAGGACUGGACCCUUCCUGGCGGUUCUGACCCGGUUCUGACCCGGAGACGUUUAUUUAAAUUUGCUGUUUGUUUAUUUAUAUCUGACUGUGGUUACCAUGGCAACGUUGCUUUUUUAAGAAAAUCGUCAAUAAAAGACUUUAAAAAAACCUGGUGUUGUUUCUGUUCACCCAUACUCAUGUGAUGGUUCUGGUUCUGGUUCUGGUUCCACAUCCCUAUGAGGAUUAUUGGGAUGUUUUAUUUUGUAGGAACGGACCGGAAGUGGGACAGGUGAUUCUGCCUCGGGAUGACUCGUGUCUUCUCGCUCCUCCGGGAUGCGCUGAGUGGUUCUGGUUCUGGACAACCAGCGAGCUGGGUCGAGGAGAACCGGGAGAACCGGAGCAGAGUCCUCUUCCUCCUCCUCCUCCAGGUGGGUCAACAUUCGUCACGCGCUGCGGAUCUCCGACAGGAGCGCGAGGCAGGUUGGAUGUUUUCUCGAUGGUUGGAAAUGUCGGACUGUUGGCAGAAGCUCCGCUGGUUCCGCUCCAGGCUGCGGAGCCACACAGCGCCACCAUGUGGAGGAAACCAGUUCUGCUGCUGCUGCUUCACAUCAUGGAAGCUGCAGUGGCGCCGCCCUGCUGGCAGGGGGCGACCUUCCCGGAGGCCGUGGUUUCCCCGGCGGCGGACAGCAGCGGCAUCGUGCGCGUCCCGGCCGCGGCGUCACUCCAGCUGUGCGUGGCGGCGUGCUGCGACCUCCCGGACUGCGACCUGGCCUGGCGCUUUAAGGGCCGCUGCUACGUCCUGAGCUGCCAGCAGGGGGCCGACUGCCGGCCCCGGGUCCGGCCCGGCGCCGACUCGGUUCUGGCCUUCCUGCAGCGUCCGGCCCGCUCCCUGCUGCGGUCCCUGGGAAGGCCGGCGCCGUUCGGCCGGACGCGGGGGCCCGGCGACCACCCGGAGGCCCUCAAGGGCCCGCCUCUGUUCGACGGGCCCGACCCGACCUGGUCCGACCCGGCGGACCUGGAGGCAGAUUGGUUCUGGUCCACGUUCAACCAAUCACAGGAGGCGGAUCCUGGAGGGGCGGAGUCAGACAGCAACCUGACCGGAACCAGAACCACAGAACCAGCUGGUCCGGCUGCUGCAGAGGGAACGGCAGGAAGUCAGAGACCAGAGCUUCCUGCGCCUGUCGCUGACUCCGCCCCUACGGGUCACAUGAACACGCCCGGUGAUGUCAUCAGCACCACGUUGAACCCAGGUCGUCCCGUGGGGGACCCGGUGGAUCUGGUGGACCUCGGCUCUGCUGUGACAUCAGAACCAACCGGUUCUUCUGAAGCCGGGAACAGAACUUCAGAACCUCUGAAGGUUCUCCAGGCUCCAACCACCGACCCGCUGAACCAGGUGACCUCUGACCUCUCCACCUCAGCUGCUCUCCCCCCGACUACUGUAGGUUCUGUCUGUCGUCUGGCCCCAGCGGAACCCCAGGGGCCGAACCGGGCCCCGCUGGCCGCCGUAGGUCCGGACCUCCGUCUGGUUCUCCCUCUGAGCGCCAGCCUGUUGCUCAACGGCAGCGGCAGCACCGACGACCGCGGUGUUAGCGGCUACAGCUGGGAGGUGGUGAGCGGUCCUCCUGGUUUGCGGCUGCAGGAUGCUGACCGGGCGGUUGCCAUGGCAACGGGCCUAAGAGCGGGGCACUACACGUUCAAGCUGACGGUGUCGGACCAGCAGGGGGCGACAGACAGCGCCUUGCUGUCGGUGCGGGUCCAGGAAGCCCGCAGUCUUCCUCCGGUGGCGCACGCCAGCGGCAGCCAUGUUCUGGUUCUGCCCAACAACUCCGUGGUUCUGGAGGGGUCGGUUACUGACGGAGACCAGACGGAGGUCCGGUACCGGUGGACCAGGGACAGCCAGAGUCCAGCAGCCGGGGAGGUCCUGUUCGGCUCGGAGACCCGGCGGGUCCUGUACCUGUCGGACCUGGUGGAGGGAACCUACCUGUUCCAGCUGAGGGUGACGGACGCUCAGGGCCGGGUCAGCACCGCCACCGCCACCGUGGAGGUUCGGCCAGAACCAGGCGGCGGCCAGCAGGUGGAGCUGGAGAUGCUGGUGGCGGUGUCUCAGGUGAGCGUGGCUCAGAGGGACACACUGGUCCGGCAGCUGGCCGCACUGAUCCACGUCCUGGACCGGGACAUCCGGGUCCGGGCGCUGCAGGGACGGACCCAACUCAGCACGGUUCUGCAGUUCUGGGUCCAGGGCCCGACCGGACCCGUCCCGGCCUCCAGCCUGGUGGUUCUGCUCAGGAAGCAGCUGCUCCGAGACAAGAGCGACUUCCUGCUAUUCAAGGUGCUGAGAGUCGACACUGUGGCGUGCGAGCUGAGCUGUUCAGGGCGGGGCCAGUGUGAUCCAAUCACCAAGCAGUGUUCCUGUGACCCGUUCUGGACGGAGAACCUGAUCCGGCUCUACCUCGGGGACGGAGAGAGUAACUGUGAGUGGAGGGUUCUGUUCGUGAUCCUGAGCAGCUUCCUGACGAUGGUCCUCAUACUGUCGCUCAGCUGGACCUUCGUCUGCUGCAGCCGGAGGAGGAAGCAGAGGAAGGGCAGGAAGAAGACCAGAUACACCAUCCUGGACGACAUGGACGAGCAGGAGCGGCUGGAGCUCCGGCCCAGAUUCAGUCUGAAGCACCGCAGCACGGAGCACAACUCCAGCCUCAUGAUGUCCGAGUCGGAGCUGGACAGCGACCAGGACUCCGUCUUCAGCCGGCCGGUCCGCAACCGGAACCGGGUCAGCUCCCAGGCCGCGCGCAACGGGAACGCCUUCGGGUGAAGACAGGAAGUCCGGGGGGACGGUGAGGGUUGGAGGAAGUCUGGACGGCGCCUCCUGGUGGCAGCACACGUUCGGUUCAGAGGUUUCAUUCGUUCUUCCCAGAGAAACAUUCAUGAAGCGAAGACUUGGCCUGCAGGGGGCAGCACCAAGACAUGAGUUCAGGUUCCGUUCAUCUGGGCCUGUUGGACUGUUCCUUUAGUGUCGCAUCAGAACCAGAACCGGACCCAGCUGGGAUUAUUUAGCAUCCUGGUGACCCAAACGUCUCAUCAGAACCAGUUCCAUGUCUGGUGAUUUAAAGUCAAAGUUUCAGGAGAAACUGAAGAAAUCAAACAUGAAUUCAUCCGUCACUUUAUUUCAGAUCAAACACAAACGUACAAAAACCUAAACAGCAAAGUUUUCCAGAAUAAUCCGAGACAUUUUGUUACUAACUAAACAUCUAGAAUCCAAGAAACCCACAGAUCUCUAUCUGCAGCAGAACCGACCCGGUUCCAGAUUCUGGAUUCAUCCAAAAUUCUUCAGAUUAAAGUCAACAUGAAACUCCAA